AUGGUUGACCGAGCAGCCUUCAUGGAAGAUUUGAAAUCGAUCGACAGAGACAUUGCCAAUCAACGCCAAAGUUUUUGUACGCCAUUUUUGGUCAACGCCAUGUUAGCUAUGGGAUGUGCACACUCCGUGAACUAUCAGUACUCGACAGGCUUAAAAAGCAAUGCUGAAGAAGGUCUCCGCUUUUCGAGUGAAGCCCGUCGAAUAAUCGAGAGCGAAUGCCCUGGUCCAUCUAUACCGCUACUUCAAACGUAUUGUUUGUUGUGGUUCUUUGAUGGGGUAUGUGGUGAUGGUACUUUGGCCGUACAGUACUUCAACGAUGCCUGCGAAGUUUACAGGCAGCUAAUGGGCAACUUCGAGGGAUCACUUCACCCAAAUCAAAGAGAACAGACAAGACAUAGAGCCACUCUGCACGCCCUAUGGGGCUUUUGGUGUACUAAUGCGAAAUCAUGUCUCGCUUUUGGAGAACCGGCAAAAGACGUGCCGCAACCACGAGAAGGUUAUCGUCCCACUUUUCCAGAUGACGACAGCCGUUAUUGGUUUGCAUAUCCGGUCUCGUUGAAGCCAUUUGACUCGCAUCUUGAAGAGCUAUUUCUCGCCGAACAAAAUCUUUCCAAAAUCGUUCACGACCUUUUGGUCACGUGCCAAGAGGUCAAACGAGCAACUUCUCAAAUCCACAAGGAUGUUUUCGCUGCCAGUUAUACACGACUUCUAGACUGGAAAGCACAACUCCCGAACUAUCUCAAGGUUGAAGAAAGUGUUCUUCCUUCUGUAAUGGUCCUUCACUCCACCUUUGAGGUCGCGGCGAUGAUCUUGUUGGAGCCUAUGGCCAUGGCCAAAUUUCCGCCUCUUGAACGGCAGCUAGACCCAGUCGCCCUGAGUGAGGCUCAUGCAGCAUCGGCUAUGGCGAUAAUUUGGAAAUACCGAUCAAUGUACUCAUUGCGUCACGAAUACUGGUUCUGCCAAGGCUGCGUAAGUGCUGCAAAAGCUGUGAUACAAAAGCUAGUACCCGGCACGCCGUAUGUCGAUAUCUUCGUCAAGGCAUGUCAGGCCUUAAGAGAGAUCGGCGAUAAUGUCAACGUUGCCAAUCAGUACCUUCGGGUGAUUCGGGCUCUUCUCACUGCGCACAAAGUCAAGCUUCCGAAGGCCCUUGUCCAAUACCUCACAGGCUUAGAGACUUUGGCGGGUACCGCCUAUAUUGACAAGGCAUACAUGUCUGUAGACUCAAAGUCUGUCACGAAAGGAUCCUCAAGUCUAGAGAAGGACCUAUUUACUGUCUCUGAAUUGAUCCAGAGUUACGACGAUGCAGUGGUUGAUGUAGAAUAA